GCGCGGGGCGCGGGCGGCGGAGUAUGCGCGGGCCUCGGCGGCCAGUCCCGGCGCACAGCCGUGGCCGGGGCGCGCGGCGCGGGGCGGAAAAGCCUGUUUACACAGACUGCACACCGCCUGGGGAAUAAUGCAGUAAAGGAAGUGAGCCGGCUCGGCCUGACUGCUCCAACUUCCUGCUCUCACACACACACCAGAGGAAAAAAAAAAAAAAAAAAAAAAGAGGAGCGAGAGAAAGAAAAAAAAGGGGGAAAAAUCAGGAUCUCAUUACAAGAGCAACAGACCGUCUGCAGACGCCUGUCAGCAUGGAAAGUCGGGGGCUUUCGCCCGGUUCCUCCUAGAAAUUCCCCCGAAGAAGGAUCUUGAGAGCUCCCCCACAUCUGGGUAUGGAGAGUGCAAUCACACUGUGGCAGUUCCUGUUGCAGUUGCUGCUGGACCAGAAACACGAGCACCUGAUCUGCUGGACCUCCAACGAUGGUGAAUUCAAGCUCCUCAAGGCAGAAGAAGUGGCCAAACUGUGGGGCCUCCGGAAGAACAAAACGAACAUGAACUACGAUAAGCUGAGCAGAGCCCUUCGAUACUAUUAUGACAAGAACAUCAUCAAAAAGGUGAUUGGACAGAAGUUUGUGUACAAGUUUGUCUCUUUCCCGGAGAUCCUGAAAAUGGACCCCCACGCGGUGGAGAUCAGCCGGGAGAGCCUUCUGCUGCAGGACAGCGACUGCAAGGCGCCCUCCGAGGGCCGGGAGGCCCCCAGACAUGGGCUGUCAGCCCUCAAGAGCACAAGCCGCAACGAAUACAUCCACUCAGGCCUGUACUCAUCCUUCACCAUUAAUUCCCUGCAGAACCCACCCGAAUCCUUCAAGGCCAUCAAGACGGAAAAGCUGGAGGAGCCGCCGGAAGACAGCCCUCCCGUGGAAGAAGUGAGGACUGUCAUCAGGUUUGUGACCAAUAAAACCGACAAGCACAGCAGCAGGCCCGUGGUGCCCCUGCCCUCCACCUCGGAGGCCUUCCUGGCCUCGCCGGCCUCAGCCAAGGUCUCCUCCUUAAUGUUGCCAAAUGCCGCCAGCAUUUCAUCCGCCUCGCCCUCCUCGUCUCGGUCCCCGUCCCUGUCCCCCAGCUCGCCCCUCCCUGCUGAACACAGAAGCCUCUUCCUGGAGGCCGCCUGCCAUGACUCCGAUUCCCUAGAGCCCUUGAACCUGUCAUCGGGCUCCAAGACCAGGUCUCCAUCUCUUCCCCCAAAGGCCAAAAAACCCAAAGGCUUGGAAAUCUCCGCACCCCCGCUGGUGCUGUCUGGCACCGACAUCGGCUCUAUCGCCCUCAACAGCCCAGCUCUCCCCUCGGGAUCCCUCACCCCAGCCUUCUUCACCGCACAGACACCAAAUGGAUUGCUCCUGACCCCGAGUCCACUGCUAUCCAGCAUACAUUUCUGGAGCAGCCUUAGUCCCGUUGCUCCACUGAGUCCUGCCCGGUUGCAAGGGCCAAACACGCUGUUCCAGGUAUUCAGAUUGGAGCAGCAGUACUUCGGCAUCAGAGCUGCUGAGUAGAGCAUGUGUAGGUUUCCAACACUGCUUAACGGCCACAUGCCAGUGCCAAUCCCCAGUCUGGAUAGAGCUGCUUCUCCAGUACUGCUUUCUUCGAACUCUCAGAAAUCCUGAUGACAUCUGCCCACAAUUAAAGACUUAUUAACUGAUGAAAAUAAAAUUUGUCCCCAUGGGCUAGUUUACCUGUGUCAUGAGAAGGACGUUGUGAAACCCUCUGUUAAUUUGGUUUGCACUUUUCAUAACAUGGAUGGUCUAGAUUUAUGUUAGCAUUUUUAAAACUUUUUUUAUAUUCAAGUAUAUAUGAAGAUCUGUUUGGCAUUAAGUGAUUUUUAAUGUUUUUGUUUUUAUAUUCUCUUAUCUCUUAAGUACUGAACACUGUUGACAGUGAAGAACUUUUCUUAAUGGUUUUCAGUGUAACUAAUAAGGAUGUGAAGCUUUAUUUUCUCUAAUUCCGCAUAUGCUGAACUAUGCUUAUAGACACUAUAACCAGCUGUGCCUUCCUUUGCAUUUAGUUUUAUGUAAAUGGUUUAUAUAUUUUUUAGUAUUAAGAGAAAAUGUUUGAAAGACAAAUUAGUAUCAAACAGCUCUCUAGUAGAAUCAUUAUUUUUCAUAAGUAGGCAAUAUGAAAGCAUAUUCAUAUUUUUCUUUUUCGCUUUCAAUUGUAUAAGAAUUGCCUUAGAACCUCUUUUGAACUGAAAUUCAGCAAAUGUUCAAUUUAAUGUUUUUAUAAAAGAAACUAAGCCAUAUCUAGAAAAUAAACAUUCAUAAAAGAAAAUGUUCUAAAGUGCAUUUUUUUUUAAAGUGCAUUUUUUAAAGAAUGAACUUUGAAAGCCUAGCCACCAAGUAGUUUAGAAUCUUUUAGGCUCCUCCCAAACAAAAACCUGAGAUGGAAAUCUAUCACUCUACCAUGCCCCUUGGAAUAUCUCCUAUGUAAGCAUGUUCUUAUUUCAAAAAAUUACUUGUGCUUCUCCCAGUUUUCCAUAAUCACACCCGAUACAUUUCCUGUAUCGUUGUAAGUUAGGGUUGCUCUAAAACCCUAGAACUCUUAACAUGUAAACAUCUUAUGCUUUGAAGAGGCUCACAGACUGGUGAUGAAUGCAAGAAUUUUGUAACAUCUGGUAGCUUCAGGUGUAUAAGGCAUAGCCUUAUUUGUGGAAACUGAGAGGUAGGAUACACUGCUUAUGUAUUACUAAAGUUUAUGGUGAGAAUGAAGGAAAUUGGAUAUAAGAAAAUAUAAAAUUCUUCAGGAAUCUCAUUGUAGAACUGAACUAACAACCUGGAGCACUCAGCAGUAAAUUCUUUUUUUUUUUUUUUUCCCAGCAGUAAAUUCUUUUGUGUAGGGUAGAGCAGUGAUAACAGAAACAUCAGCAGGUGCCACUCUAAGGCAUUGUUCUGUACAUGAAGUAUGAAAGUUCUAAUGUGAAGAGAACUGCAAAGUGCCCGGGGCUUUCAAGAUCAGAUUAUCAUCCUCAAAUAUAAGAGUAACAAGGCAAUCUGAAAUGUGGCUGAAUGACUCCAAAGUAAGGGUUAAAUGACAAGAUUAUGAAAAAGGGUAAAAAAAUAAAGCUUAUAAAAACAUAUUUUUUAAAUUUUCAAAAAAUCUAAGAACCGUUAUCCUUAAAAUCUUGAGAUUUUCAAUUCUGUGUAUGGGGAUGUAUAUACAUCUCUAACAUAAUUGGAAUAUAAAGUAAAUUAUAAAAUCCAGACACUACUGUCACUCCCUCAUAAGCUAAGGCUAAUUCUGUACUCAAAAGAGCUGGUCCAGGGAACUGAUAUUUACCUGACCUGAAACGUUAAAGGUUUCACCACAGUUUCCAGAUAAGGCAACUGGAAGUUGCCUAAGGCCACACAGCUCAUUAAAGGUAAAACAAUGAUUGGUGCUUAGUCCAGUUCUGUUUCCCAUACCUAGCUGUAACUUCUGGCCCAAAACUGUAAGGUAGAAAAAAACAGGUAAAGAUAGAACAUUAAAAAAAAAAAAAAUUGUAAGAGAAGAAUAUACCCCAAAUGUAAGAUUCUUACAGAGAAACCAAUGCCAGUUAAUCAAUGUCCAAAAAUCUCAACCCAAAAUGUAUAUGCUGAUUAGAAAUGCCCAAAUGACUCUAAAUCUGAUCCUUGUAUUUCCUUCCUUGAAAUACAUGUAAUGAUAGAAUACAUGUAUGAUAGAAUGUAUGAUUAACAUACAUUCUAGCUGUUUAUUAAAAAUGGAAAAACGCCAUGAUUUUUAUGGAUCAAAAAACUUAUCAUGACACAAAUACAGAACUGGAGAUACUAAAUUAUAACCCUUCUAGCUCUGCCUCAUUCUCUGUGUGUCUUAGCAAUUAUUUUAGUCAGAAAAUAGGUUUCAAAGGACAUAUUAAAUCACCUUUUUCCCUUUUUUAUGUCUGCUUGAUCAGUGUUAAACUGCUAUGGCUAAGGUUUUAUAGAACUAUAACCUAAACGUUGUUUUCUUUGUACACCUCUUUUCUAUGAGUGCAUAUCUUCAUUCACUUUCAUAUAUGUAUCAAUUUUACUGUUAUAUUAUUUUUGUUCAAUAAAUACUUUGUGAUAAAAGUGUGA